AUGGCGAUGAUGAUGACUGGCCGUGUGCUGCUGGUGUGUGCCCUCUGCGUGCUGUGGUGCGGUGCCUGUGGGGUUUAUGCGAGGGACCGCGACAGCAACGAACUGGUUGGCAGCAUGUCGUCGGGAGUGUUGGGUGCGAAUUUGCCCCAUAUGCCGAGUGGUUCUGAUAAAAAUGCGGUCAUGCUUCCUACGCGGUCUGUCUUGCCAAUCACUGUCGCUGAGGCUUUGAAUGAGAACGAUGUUUCUGUUACAACCGAAGAGGAUGCGGAUUUAAGUUUGAAUACAGGUUCUCUCCAUGCUGCUGCUAAUGGAGGUACAGGUGGGAUUGGAAAUACGAUUGACAGUCAUGCUGGUGGCAGCAAAACUUCUGGUGGUGAAAUUGGCAGCCCUGGUGCAGGUGCUGUCGGUGUUCAAGGUGAAGGUGCCCAAAGAAGUGGUGGUGGUGGUGAUCCUAACGGAAGUGGACAUUCUACUUUGGAAACUCUCGGUAGGGAAGCAAGUGGAAAAGGGGGGGAUCAAAGCGGGGUGAGGACAGAAGAGAAUUCCAGGAACCCUCCAGCAGAACUCUCACCGUCAGUACACUCAAAGCCACCACUAACACCGCCAGAACCAGCGGGAGUACCACAAAUACAAAAUGCCCCACAAGUAUUACCGCAAAAAACACCACAAACAGCGGAAGCAUCACCAUCACCGGUAGUUUCGGCAGAAGAUAGAGGUACACCGGAAUCAAGGGACUCACAGAUUUCAAGCGAAGAAACUAAAAAACACUCAACUUCAGAAACCAAAACGGAGUCCCAAGUGAAAGAAAAGUUUUCAAAUGGUGGUCUGACAGAAGAAGACGGUCAAGAGGCAACUACACCGAACCUUGCGAAGAAUGCAGUUACUGAAACCCCAACGAAAACAACGGCAUCAUCCCUCUCUACAAGCGGCACUGGUGAUGUCCAGACAACAACGGACACGGUUGAUAACGGUGCUCAACGGCCUAACACCAAAGAACCACAAGACGGGUUCGAAGAUGGUAAUACCAAAGUUCCUCCUAGAGCUAGUGGGGCGGCACCACAAACAGCAAAAACAGCCACCAUAACUCAAAAAAAUGACACGGCGACGAGCACACAGAACAGUGACGGCAGCACCGCCGUCUCCCACACCACCUCCCCUCUUUUGCUUCUUCUUGUUGUUGCGUGUGCUUCUGCGGCUGCGGUGGUGGCCGCGUGA